AUCCCAGAAGACCCCGGGGGUCCGUAUCCACACUCUGCCAUGUCUCUGUGUCUGUCUUUCCGAGGCAGAUGGAAGAUGGGGCAGAAGAACUCACUGGGGGGCUCCUCGCAGCUCCCCAAGCAGGACUACAAGGCCCUGAGGGAAAGGUGCCUGAUGGAAGGCCGCCUCUUUGAAGAUGACAGCUUCCCGGCCAGCCUGUGCUCUGUGGGCAGCGGGCCCCUAUUGCGGAAGCUGCCGCCCGGCCUGCAGUGGAGAAGGCCUCCGGAGCUGCACAGCAGUCCCCAGUUCUAUUCUGCUGACACCAAAAGGCUGGACCUGUGCCAGGGAGUGGUAGGUGACUGCUGGUUCUUGGCUGCUUUGCAAGCUCUGACUUUGCAUCAGGACAUCCUGAGCCGUGUCGUUCCCCUGAAUCAGAAUUUCACUGAGAACUAUGCCGGCAUUUUCCAGUUCUGGUUCUGGCACUUUGGGAAGUGGGUUCCUGUGGUGAUAGACGACCGACUUCCUGUGAAUACAGCUGGCCAGCUGGUCUUUGUCUCUUCCACUCACAAAAAUGUGUUCUGGGGAGCUCUUCUGGAAAAGGCCUAUGCUAAGCUGUCUGGCUCCUAUGAAGACUUGCAGCGUGGACAGGUGUCUGAAGCACUUGUGGACUUCACUGGAGGGGUGACAAUGACCAUCAAGCCGGCAGAGGCCCCUGGCAACCUCUGGGACAUCCUCACCUGGGCCACCUACAGCAGAACCCUCAUUGGCUGCCAGACACACUCAGGGAAAGAGAGGGUGCUGGAGAACGGGCUGGUGGGCGGCCAUGCCUAUACCCUCACAGGAAUCAGAAAGGUGACCUGCAGACACGGACCAGAAUAUCUAGUCAAGCUGCGGAACCCCUGGGGCAAAGUGGAAUGGAAAGGGGACUGGAGUGACAGCUCGGGUAUGUGGGAGCUACUGAGCCCCAAGGAGAAGAUUCUGCUCCUGAGGAAAAGCAAUGAUGGAGAAUUCUGGAUGACACUGAAGGACUUUAAAACACAUUUCAUGCUUCUGGUCAUCUGCAAACUGACCCCGGGCCUGCUGAGUCAGGAUGUAGGCCAGAAGUGGACAUACACCAUGCGGGAGGGAAGAUGGGAAAAGGGGAUCACGGCCGGUGGCCCGAUGAAGUCACCCCGAGACACAUUCUGGAAGAACCCGCAGUUCCUGCUGUCUGUCUGGAGCCUUCAGGAGGGCAGGAGGUUCCCUAUGCCCUGCAGCGUGCUGGUGUCCCUGCUGCAGAAGCCCAGGCACAGGCACCGCAACUGGAAGCCUCACCUGGCCAUUGGCUUCUACCUCUUUAGGUUGAGCAAGCACUAUGGUGACCAGAGGAGACUGCCCUCUGAGUUUUUCUGGAAAAAUGCCCCCAUAAGAUGGCCUGAAGCAUUUCUCACAGAGAAAGAAGUGAGUCAGGAACUGCAGCUGGAGCCAGGGACAUACCUCGUUGUGCCCUGCACAUCCAAGGCUGGCCAGGAAGCAGAGUUUGUCCUGAGAGUAUUCUCCAGGAAGCACAUCUUUCAUGAAAUUGGAUGCAAUUCCAGUGCUGUCUUCUCUAAGGAAAUAGUAGACAAAAAUGAAGGGCAGGAUGAAUUCUUCACUAAACUCUUUGAAAAGUGUCCAGAAAUAAAUGCAGUGCAGCUGCAGAAGGUCCUGAACCACAUGACCUGGUCAAGUCUGGGGAGUGCCCAGCCUUUCUUCAGCCUGGACGCCUGCCAGGGGAUCCUGGCCCUACUGGAUCUUAAUGCGUCGGGUACCGUGAGCAUCCAGGAGUUCAGGGACCUGUGGAAGCAGCUGAUGCUGUGUCAGGAGGUUUUCCACAAGCACAACAGCAGUCACUCAGGAUACCUGAACAGGACCCAGCUGCAGGCUGCCAUGAGGGAUGCAGGAAUCAUGCUCAGCAAUGACGUCUGCCAGCUGAUGCUUAUCCGCUAUGGCGGCCCCAACCUCCAGAUGGACUUCGUCAGCUUCGUCCACUUGAUGCUGCGUGCAGAGUACAUGGAGGAUGCCUUUCAGAACUUAACCCAAGAUGGCAAAGGGAUCUACCUCCAGAAGCCAGAGUGGCUGAUGAUGACUCUGUACUCCUGAGAAGGCUGGAGCCCUGUCUGCCUUCACUGAGAACUCUGCAUGUGGCUCAAAGGUAGCCUUUGACUGAAACCAAUCCACAUUCAGCCCAUUUACUGUUCUUCAGGACCGUGUCUCCAGUCAUCGCCUUCUCAGCUGGGAAGAUUUCUUUUCUGCAGACCUUCCCCUUGGAUAGGCAGUGUGCAAAAAGGGAAAGGAGUUAGCAAAGAUUCCCUUGGACUUGUAAAGACCAAUUGUCAUUCUCCAGCCACAACCUUGUCACAGCAGGGAUGUCAGCUGACGUGGUCUAAGAAAUCUGACUCCAGAGUUGGUAUGUCAACCUUUGACAAUACUGCCUCCAUGGCUGUCCAAUUUAUUAUUUUUUUAACUUUGAAAAAAUAAAGAUUUAUUACUUAUAAGACCUGGAAAUUACAUAG